UACAAUCGACAUUGGUUGAAAAAAAUCGUAAUUCAGAUAGCACAAAUUGAUCGGUACGUUUCAAGAACAACAGAGAUGAAGGAAUUCAUAUGGGCAGUGCUUAUAUUUCUGCCGUCAGUAACGACGAAUGAUUGCUCAAAAACAAAGCUCUUAUCACAGGAAAGCGUAUUGCUCAAGGACGCUUAUGAAUACUUCACGGAAGGAGAGAUGAAGUUCUCCGUAGAAAUGACCAAGCAAGCGUACACUGAGCAGCCGAAUGAGAAUUUAUUUUUCUCGCCGUACAGCGUUUACAACGCUCUUCUCCUGUCUUAUUUCAUCGCCAAUGGCACAACUUUAGCCGCAGUUGAAAAAUUGCUCGGACUCCCUAAAGACAAAGGCAAACGAGACACAGUGCAGAUGUACGAAGCUAUUAGGGAGCAGACAAAUAAAAACUCCAAAACUACGGAGCAGACAGAUAAAGACUCCGAAACUACGGAGCAGACAAAUAAAGACUCCAAAACUACGAAGCAGACAAAUAAAAACCCCAAUACUUCUCUUACGAAGCAGACAAAAGAAAGCUCCAAAACUUCAGAUGUUAUAUUUGAAUUGGCGAAUCGGUUCUACGUCUCGGAGACAGAGACUGUCACGGAGUGCAUGAGAUGUCAUUUCAGUGCAGAGUUAAUGACUAUAGACUUUUCCAACUCAUCUGUUGAAACGAUUAACAAGUUUGUCGCCGAUGUAACUAAGAACGAGAUCAAAAAUUUCCUAAAAGAAGGUUCGAUAGAUUCGGACACAAAACUAGCUUUGGUAAAUGCAGCAUAUUUUAAAGGGAUGUGGGAAAAGCAAUUUCAAAAGAAUCGCUCCACCACACAAAGUUUUUACCUGUCAAAAACCAAUACAGUCAAUGUUACGAUGAUGAGGCAAAAAUCUAAAUUUAAAUAUUUGGAAUUGAAAGGCGUGGGUAAAACCUUAGAACUCCCUUACAAGGAUCCUGACUUCUCCAUGUAUAUUCUGCUCCCUCGUCGUGGCGAAUACAGUCCCUCCAAUUUUAUCAACAAACUCUCCUACGAGACUUUGAAAAAUGUCGUCGAAAAUAAUGCAACCCAGACGGUCGCCGUCCAAAUCCCAAAAUUCACCAUUGAAAAGCAGCUUCCGCUGGAUCAAGUUUUACAAAAUAUGAAUGUAGGAGAUCUUUUUCAAACCUCAAGCGAUCUUUCAAUUCUGACAGGCAAAUCAGACAUACAUUUCACCUCGGCAAUUCAUAAAUCGAAGAUAUCAGUGGACGAAGAAGGUACAACAGCCGCCGCGGCAACUGCUUUUGCCUCCCCCAGAUCAGCUCCUCUAUUUAAGCGAUUCUACUGCAACCGCCCGUUCAUCUACUUUAUUUACCAACACUCCUCCAAGAGCAUACUUUUCCUCGGUGUCUUCAACAAACCCACCGAACAGGAACAGGACUCGAAACCAUUGUCAAGCGAAACAACAAAUGAGUAAUACAAAAAAAACUACAAACAAAAUGUUAUAAAAGUUGUAAAUAUACAUAAUUUAACUAUUAUCAAAAAUAAAAUUUAAAAAAAACACUUACCACU